AUGGGGCACCGGCAGGACUCAGCAGGCUCUGAGGGGCUCCGGCCCCACCUGGCCCCAGCGUCCCCUCCCGACUGCCAGCAGCGUCCCGGGCACGGGAGUCCAGUGGCCACUAGCCCGCCACGGCAGGUGUCGGGGCCCGUGCGGGCGGCGCAGGCUGCUGGCCGCGGGAGGCAGGGUGGCCGCGGUGCCUGCUGGCGGCCGCGCCUGACCACCACGCUCUCGCUGCAGGUGGGCGUGCGGGGAAGAGACAUCGUGGUCCUCGGGGUGGAGAAGAAGUCGGUGGCCAAGCUGCAGGAUGAGCGGACCGUGCGCAAGAUCUGCGCCCUGGACGACAACGUCUGCAUGGCCUUCGCCGGCCUCACCGCCGACGCCCGGAUCGUCAUCAACCGCGCCCGGGUGGAGUGCCAGAGCCACCGGCUGACAGUGGAGGACCCGGUGACCGUGGAGUACAUCACCCGCUACAUCGCCAGCCUGAAGCAGCGCUACACGCAGAGCAACGGGCGCCGGCCCUUCGGCAUCUCCGCCCUCAUCGUGGGCUUCGACUUCGACGGCACCCCCCGCCUCUACCAGACCGACCCCUCGGGCACGUACCACGCCUGGAAGGCCAACGCCAUCGGCAGGGGCGCCAAGUCGGUGCGGGAGUUCCUGGAGAAGAACUACACUGACGAGGCCAUCGACACGGACGACCUGACCGUGAAGCUGGUCAUCAAGGCCCUCCUGGAAGUGGUCCAGUCGGGGGGCAAGAACAUCGAGCUGGCUGUGAUGCGCAGGGACCAGCCACUCAAGAUUUUAAACCCUGAAGAGAUUGAGAAGUACGUCGCCGAAAUUGAAAAAGAGAAAGAGGAGAACGAGAAGAAGAAGCAGAAGAAGGCGUCGUAGGUUGAGAAGUACGUCGCUGAAACAGAGAGAGAAGAAAGCAGCAGAAGGCGUAAGCCUCGGCGGCCCGCGUCUCGCAGACCCACAGUAAACCCCUUUUGUGACCAC